AACUUGCCGUAUCGCCAUAUCUUUGAAAAUCACAUUCUGAGUCAGAACGAAUUUGGAUUAUUUGAUUAUUGGAUGAGGAGUAGCUAUUCUGAAAUGCAGUCAUUGGGAUUAGUUCCUUAUAAAUAUGUGAGCACCUCCAGAGAUGAAAAGGCCAGUAUAGUAUUCAAGGAUAUUUCCGGAAUAUUGACACUCUAUGUUAGCGCCAUGAUUGUCAGCAUUUUGUGCUUUUUCCUAGAGAUUUGUAUCAAACGGAUGUCGUGUUUUCGUUUAUGGAAGUGGAGGACAUCACGACAUGAACGCGACAUUUAAAUAUUUUUCAAUGGCCUUCACAGCAGUGUUAACACGAAUAUCACAUGCCUCAGAGAAAGAACAUAAUCCUUCAAAAAGGUUGCACUCCAUCGGGUUUUCCAUUAGUUUCAAGAUGACUCUGACAGUACUGUUCAUACUUCUCAUAUUCUGUGAGCAAUCGAGAAGCCACUCCAUAGAAUUAUCCCAUCAAGAUGAACUGGAUGUGGAAGGGAACCUAUUAAACUUUUUAUUAAGAUUGAAAAAUGAAGAAUUCUACGAUACUGUGCUUAUCUAUGGAGAGGAUUGUAUUUUUCACACUCUGCCCAAAUAUAUGGAAUUCACUGCUGUUUUGGUAUCAUCAGGUAGCACCGAUUUUGAUUGGAAUUUUAGUAGCCUAACACUCAUUCUUAUUUGCGGAUCCAAUGACGACAAGGAGCACAACUAUCGCACUCUCAUGAAACUUCAAGGCAGUCGACGUUUGAUUUUCAAUAAUGAUAACUCUCAAAUAGAGGAGAUAUGCAACAACUAUUCGACCAAGGAGCAGUAUAAUAUAGCCAUAAUGGAAGACAACUUUGAUAAAAUAGAAACAAUAUAUUCCUGUCGCUUCUUUCCGAAUACCACUGUCGAGGAAAUAGGCCUCUCAACAGGUAAGCCAAUUUAUGUUGAACAACUUCGAAAUAUGCAUAGAAGAGACAUCAGAGCCAUGACAGAUGGUGUGGCCCCAAGAUCAUUGAUUUUUUAUGAUGAGAAGAGCAAAAAACAUAGAGUAUUCGGAUAUGUGGCCAUGCUGGUUAUAAAUUUUGCAAGAAGAAUAAAUGCCACUUUGAAAUUGGAAACAAUAGGCAAUCGUACCGAUUACUUGAUCAUCAAGCAGUGGGUAAUCGAAGGAAAACUGGAUUUUGGAAUAGCUGCAGACGCUUCUUUGUUCAACAAAAAUUUUGACACAGCCAGCUACCCCUGGACUUCAACUUCAUACUGUUUAAUGAUGCCAGUUCCAGAAACGAUACCCUACAAUAUGGUUUAUGUGAUGAUAGUGGAUCGCCUGGUUGUUGGAAUCAUUAUUGUCCUAUUCGGCCUGCUCACCAUGUUGCUGAUCUUUAGCAGUAAAUUUUCCAGGCAGGAUCUCAGCCUGGCCAACGUCCUGCUCAAUGACAAGAGUUUCCGCGGUCUCUUGGGCCAAACUUUUCCAUUUCCUGCCAACGCUAGCAAGAAAUUGAGACUAGUUUUCGUAAUUUUGUGCUUUGCCAGUAUAAUGCUUACCACAAUGUAUGAAGCCUACCUGCAGUCCUACUUUACAAGUCCCCCAUAUGGACCUCGGGUUGAGUCCUUUAAUGACUUGCAGAAAUUCAAACAAAAGGUAGCAUUCAGUGGCGUGGAGAUGAAACUACUGGCCAGUCUAAACAGUUCCCGAUUUAAAAAAAUACAUGACACCAACAGAGUAAUAUUUCCAGAUUGGCACAAGUUUUUGAGUGUUCGCGAUAGCUUCAACACCAGCUAUGGUUAUCCCGUCACAGAAGAUCGCUGGACCUUAUACGAGGAGCAGCAGAAACUCUUCAAAGUGCCCAGUUUCUACUACGCGAAGGACCUUUGCUUCACCCAGAUGCUGUUCCUGUCCUUUCCCCUACGACCCCAUAUGCCUUAUCGUCAUCUCUUCGAGGACCACAUGCUUAGUCAACAGGAGUUUGGUUUGGUGUCCUACAUGAAAAGUCGCAGCUUUCUCGAUAUGGUGAGUCUGAAGCUAGCCCCUCUGAAGGACCUGAGCCAGCCCAAACCCUUUUCACCAAGCCUCCUAAUGGAUGACAUCUCAGUGGUAAUGAAAGCCUAUUUGGGAGGAAUGUUGCUUAGCUUUUUAAUAUUUUUACUAGAGCUUGGAGGUAGCAAAGUUAGGUGGAGUCGCUUGCAUGUAUUUGGAAAAUAAAAUACUUCUUGCCGAUAAAAUCACUUGCAUUUUAAAUGUACCCUAUAAUGGCCCACACAAGUCUCCAAGGGAUGUUAACAUAAAAAGUGCAUGCCAGACCAAACCCAGUUCAUAAAAUAAAA